AUGGCUCAGUCUCUUGAUGUUGGUGUUCCAUGGAUAAUGUGUCAACAAAAUGAUGCUCCUCAGCCUAUGUUGAAUACAUGUAAUGGCUUUUACUGUGACAAUUUUGUACCAAACAAUCCCAACACUCCUAAGAUGUGGACUGAGAACUGGACCGGAUGGUUUAAGCAAUGGGGUGGUAAAAAUCCUCAUAGAACAACCGAAGAUGUUGCAUUUUCUGUUGCAAGAUUCUUCCAAAGAGGAGGAACUUUUAAUAAUUAUUAUAUGUACCAUGGAGGCACGAACUUUGACAGAACCGCAGGUGGUCCAUACAUCACAACUUCAUAUGAUUAUGAUGCUCCCCUUGACGAAUAUGGUAAUUUGAGUCAACCAAAAUACGGGCAUUUGAAACAACUUCAUGAUGUUCUUCACACUAUAGAGAAAACUCUAACAUACGGAAACAUCUCCACCAUUGACUUUGGAAACUCUGCAUCGGCAACAAUUUAUAAAACCGAAGAAGGAUCAAGCUGCUUUUUUGGAAAUGGAAAUGAAAAUUCAGAUGCAACAAUUAGUUUCCAAGGAGAAUCUUACGUUGUCCCGGCUUGGUCUGUUACCAUUUUACCGGAUUGCAAAAAUGAGGCUUAUAACACCGCCAAGAUUACCACUCAGACUUCAAUGAUGGUUAAGAAACCAAAUGAAGCUGAGGAUACCCCUUCAACUCUGAAAUGGUCAUGGAGACCAGAGAACAUGGACAACUUCCUUUUGAAAGGAAAAGGAGAAUCUACACAGACACAACUAUUUGAUCAGAAAGUAGUCACCAAUGACCAAAGUGAUUAUCUAUGGUACAUGACUACCGUUAAGUUUAAAAAACGAGAUCCUUUUGUGGGUAAAACCAUGUCUCUUCGCAUCAACAGUACUGCUCAUGUCCUUCACGCAUUCGUCAAUGGAAAAAAUAUUGGUAAGUAACUCUUAUAUAUGUUUUACAAAUCUCAAUAACACCAACUUACCAAAAAGUCUUUGAUUUAUAUUUGUAGGUAAUCAACACGCUGAGAAUGGAAAAUUUAACUAUGUAUUUGAGAAAGAUGUGAAGUUUAAGUCUGGUCGUAAUGUCAUUGCUCUUCUUAGCAUAACUGUGGGACUUGCGGUAAGUUCUUAGAUAUUCUUUAUCUUGUAUUUAUUUUUAAAGUUAAAUCUCUUAUUUUUUUACAUUUUAACUGAAAAUAAAAAAUUUGACAAUUUUUUUUAUAGAACUAUGGUGCUUUCUUUGAAAGUAAGCCGGCUGGAAUCACUGGACCCAUUUUUAUUACUGGAAUAAAUGGUGAUGAAACUAUAGUUAAGG